AGAUAGGCAACUUUCAAUGCUAGCAAUAUUCUGUUGUGUUGGUUUGAAGUCAACAAUCACAGACAAAGUCCUUUGUAUUUAAUAUCAUCUAUGCCUGGCAACGGAGUUGGAGAUAGGGUCCACAAUUUCUUUGCUCAAGACACCUUUUCACCGGGGCAGCAUCAGCCAGAGGUAUUGGACAAGAAUCAACCAGGUCUGAAUAAUUAUCUGUGGGCUGGAAACCAGGGACCUAAUUGUGUUCCAAGUUACACAACAAAAGGUUUUAAUUUACAACAAUCAGUAGUCGACACAGGUAGAGGAUCAAACAGUCACUUGGCGAAUGGACCACCUGGCUUGAACUUCACUCGAUUUACUUCAAGGCCUGAGAUUCAGCUGCAGAGCCAGCAGCAAAGUUUCAAUGGAUAUACAUAUGGAAAUCUUUAUGAAACCCGGCAGGAUGAAGGAAACUUUCUGGCAGCGGAUUCUGAUAAGCAAAAUGUAGCUUCAGCUGGAUCUUUUUAUGAACAAUCACUGCAGGGAGUGGGUCUUCAGCAUCAAGCACAGAUGGUCAAUUCUGGAGCUUCUCUAUCUUCUGGUAAUUUUGGUCUUUUUGGUGGUCAUCAACAAAUGAGUCGUCAGCAAUUGAACAUGCUGCAACCUCUGCAGCUCCAGCAGUCUGGCCUCAAAGACAUGCAUCAACUACAACAGCAAGUAAUGUUCAUGAGGAUGCAAGAAUUUCAAAGGCAACAGAAACUUCAGCAACCAGAUGCUAGACAACAAAAUCCACAAAACCAGACUUUUCCACUGGUUAACAGCAAUAUUCAUUCCAGAGCACUGGGCUUUUCAGGGGCAGCAGAUAAUAGUAACACAAACUGGUUACAAGGUAGCUCUUCCGCGUUGCAAGUAUCCUCUAAUGGUGUUCCAUCUAGCAAUCAUGGUCAAGGACAUCAUAUGAUGGGUCUGACUCCUCAACAGAUUGAUCAAUCUCUUUUCGGAGUUCCUGUUUCUACUUUGAGAACUGGUGGAAUCCCCUCCAGCCAGUAUUCCCAAGCAGUGACUGAUAAGCUACAAAUGCAGCAGUCUGCUUCCUUUAGUACUUCAAUACCAUUUCAACAAUAUGCUCAAUCACCUGAUCAAGUUGGUGUUCAGGAUGCAACUACUGUUUCGAGACAGAGAUUCAUAAGUGAAAAGUCAGUUGGACAUGGUCCUAACCAAAGUCUAUAUAAUGCAAUUAAUAUGGAGAACCUUCAGGAAGUGAAUGCCAUUCAACAUAGGGAAGCCAUACAAGAGUUCCAAGAAAGAGAGGAAGCUGCUAGUCCUUCAAUGAACCCACAAGAGAAAGCAUUAAACAAAAUUCGUUCCCCACCCAAUGAAGUUGGUCUUGAUCCUACAGAGGAAAGAAUUUUGUUUGGUUCAGAUGAUAAUAUAUGGGCUGCGUUUGGAAAGAGUGUUAAUACGGGUGAAGAGGCCUCCAAUUCACUUGAUGCUUCAGGAUUACUGAAUGGGUUCCCUUCUAUUCAAGCAGGUACAUGGAGUGCUCUAAUGCAGUCUGCUAUUGCAGAAGCAGCUAGUACAGAUUUAGGACCACAAGAAGAGUUGAGCGGUUUGAACUUUCAGAGCACGGUUGUUCCUUCACGGAAUCAAAAUGUUUCAAUGAAUAAUAAUGGGAGGCAACCGAGUACUUUGAUGGAUGCCCACAUCCCUAUUGCAUCAUCCAUGAAUCACGAGGCCAGUCAGCCUUCUGACAGCGAUAAUAUGAAGAGUAGUUCUGUCAACCAUCCAGGAUUUCAGCAAUUUGGACAUAAAUAUAUCAAUGACAUCAGCCAAAAAAUGCAAAUAAAUUCUGUGCAUAGACUUGUUCAACCAUCUGAGGAAAACAGCAAGUGGCCAGCUGUUGCACCAAUGCAGACGAGCACAUCACAUGUUUUUGAUAGGGAAGUUGAUUCCAAAAUGGUUUCCAGUUCAUGGAUAGAUGAGCUUGAUAGACCUAGUAAAACGCAUGAUAAAAUAAAUGAUUGGGAUGCUCUUGGGUCCACAGUGCCCACAGAAGAUGCUUCUGCUAGGAUUCAUUCAAGUCAGAACUGCUCAAAUUCUUUAGGUAGCAGUCAAAACAUAGGCAUACAUGGAGACACUGUGCAUACUGGUGCUUUCUGGAAAGUUGAUCCUGAAACACAUGGAGCUGCAAAUUUUGAGCUUACAAGAUAUUCUCCUGCUAGUGGCCCAGUUAAUUCAGAGCUUCUUUGCUCAAAAGGUGCUGAAACUUUUGUGAAGCACAGUUCUUUGAGUGGCACAGAAGAAAGCAGUAGAUUUCUAUUGAAUAACAGUCCGAAUCAAGUUAAGCAUUGGAAGAAUGCUAAUACUUCAGCCAAGGGUAAAGAAACUCUAGGUUUUGAGAGAUCACAUUUUCACAAUAUCAAUGAUCAUAAUUUGAACUCGCUAGAAACCACAUCUCAAGAAGAUAGAACGCAUGAGGCCGAUAUCUACAAUAAGCCGGAAAACUCCAAUGACAGCUACCGGUCCAAUGUUUCACACCAAAAUUCUGCUGGAAGCUGGAGGGAAAAUGUUUUGUUAGAUUCCAGUGAUUCAAGGUCUCUUUUUACUGGCAAGGAGAAGUUGUCCAAUAACACAGGGAAAAAAAGUUCUGCUCGUAAAUUUCAUUAUCAUCCCAUGGGAAAUUUGGAUGAAUAUGUAGGUUCUCCUAAUGCAUUGCAAAAGAUUCUCUGUACACAGGCCAUGACCUCGCAGACAGCGCAUGUUGUCCAGUCUAAGCUUUUCAUUCAGGGGCAAUCAUCUAAUGUUCUAAGAGAUGGCCAAGGGCUAGCUGAUGUGCACACUCAGAGUUGUUUUUCGAGCUCUGUGUCUAAUAUGUCUGUGCCUUUUACAGGAUCUGUUGAUAUUCCUCCCCAACUCACAGCUUCUCCAUCUUCUAGUCCAAGCAUGCUACAACUUCUUCCCAAGGUGGAUCAAUCAAGAGUGUUUGGCACCACAAUGCCUAAAGCAGAAAACUCUGAUGGGUCUGUUGUGCGCCAGUAUCCUAGUCACUCAUCAGCUGCUCAAGUAUUUGGUCUCCAACUUGGCCCUCCAUCUCAGUUCACGCCUGUUCACAACAAUUUACUCUCAUCUCAAAGUUCUAUGCGAACUGUUUGUUCGUCAUCCCCGAGUCAAUCUGUUGUUGAGAUUGGUGACAAGGCAUAUAUAGCCUCAAUGUCCCAAGUCAAAUCCUUCCUUUCUAGUGAAACAGCCCAAGUAGAGUUUGCCAUCAAAUCUGAAGUUCUAAGAAAUGGCAAUAAUGAGUACAACCAAAAUGAGAUGACCGGAGAAUUUCAUCCACCAUUGAGUUCUGGAUUACCCUAUUCAAGAAGCCGGGUUAAAAAUCAACUGAUGGAGUUGAAAAGCCAGUCUCCCAGUAGAUCAUUUAAGGAUACAACCUGUUUCACUGAGGAAGAUGAUUCACAUAGGGAACCAUCUUGUGGUCUAUCAGCGAAAAAAUUCUCUCAUGAAGUGGCUAGCAAUAUUGCAUGUCCUAACUUACCUAACUCGUUGGGGAUGUGUAAGCAGGCUAGUUCCAUUGAUUCCCAUGAAACCCCUGAAAGAUCAGUUGAUAAUUCCUUACUUGCUUCUCAGCUUCUUUCAAGUUCAAUCAUGUCUCAACAGGCAUCCUUGGCAAAGACCAUGGAUAAUACAUGGAACACAUCUCAGGAAAAUCCAUGCUUGCACCAAUCAAAUGUUGUGGGUACAUUUUCUGCUACAGAAAACCGAGGAGAUCGAGAUGCAAACACCGGAGGAAAUUCCUCGACUGAAGUUUAUGCAAAUGAUUUGAACCCGCUGGGUCAAUUACACCGAGAAGAGGAACAGAUGAAGGAAAGACAUCAGCAUGUAUCAUUGAGUAGUUCUGACAUUGUUGAGAAGACGAAUAAAGCUCAGGAAGAACACAUCAUAAAUAAUCCAUCUGAUGUAUAUCCUGUUUUUUCGGCAUCAAUGCAAAGAGAUAUUGAAGCCUUCGGGCGAUCUUUGAAGCCUAAUAACUUUUCUCAUCAGAAUUUCUCAUCACCAAACCAGAUUCAGUAUAUGAAGAAUGAGGAAAUUGAACACAGUAAGGCUCUAAAAGGAUCCCGUCCCUCGGAUGACAGUUCUGUUUGCAUGCAAGUUAAGCAUGUGGUUGUUCCCUCAGUGGAUUCUAGAAUGCCAAAAUUCUCGGAGCCGGGUCAUAUGGAAAUAAACAUGACUUCUCAAGAAGUAAAUGCACCUACCCAGGAAAUGCAUGGAAUUCAUAUGGAUGAUUCUCGAACCAUUUCUCUUCGAAAUAAUGCAAAUUCUGUUAAAUUCAAGCACACCCAUGUUAGUCCACAAAUGGCGCCAACAUGGUUUAAUCAUUUUGGAUCUGGAACCUUUAAGAAUGGGCAGGUUUUGCAUGAUGCACAAAAAGUAUCUGUCACGAAUAUGGGUGAACCACCUCUCGUUCUUGACAAGUCCUUCAGCAGUUUGCAAAUGUUUAAAACAAAGCAGCAAUUGGUACCUGCUAAUAAUGAUACAGGUCAAGAUGUUAAGCCUAGCUUGCACUCCAUUCCUGCUGCUGCUGAGCAGUUUUGCUCUUCCCCUUCAUUAUCCGUGGGCAUGGGUGAUCCACAUUCCCUGUUAAGACCCAAGAAGCGCAAGCAUAUUUCAUCUCACUUGAGUCCUUGGUGUGAUGUAGUUUCACAGGGCUCAUGUAAUCUUCAGACUAUCAGCUUUGCUGAAUUGGUUUGGGCAAAAGUGGUGAAUCGUGUUGCUGAAAAGGUUGAGGAAGAUGUUGACUUAAACGAAAAUGCCCCCCCAAGACAUAGAGCAAGAAGAAGACUUGUCUUGUCUACUCAGCUUUUGCAGCAAGUAUUUCCACCCCCACCAAAAAUGAUUCUCUCUGCAAAUUCCUAUGCAGAAUAUGAGGCUGUUGCUUAUUCAGUUUCUAGAUUGGUAUUGGGUGAUGCAUGUGGCAUGGUUUCUAGGUCUAAUGACAAUCCUAGUAUGGGAGCUGAUGGCACAGAAAGGAUAUCAAGCAAGUGUAAAGAAUUGGAAGACAAUGAUCAUCAUCUCUCUAAAGUUAUUGAAGAGUUCACUGAGAGGGCAAGAAUCUUAGAAGAAGAAUUUUUGAAGCUAGACAGGAGAUUGUCAUUGGUGGAUUUGGUGACCGAAAACCAAGAUUUGGAGAAGUUCUCUGUCAUUAACAGGUUUGCAAAGUUCUAUGGCCGGGGCCAAGCUGAUGGUGCAGCCGCACCAUCAACGUCGUCGGAUUCGGCCACACAUCUUUGCAACCCUUUUGCCCAGAGAUAUGUGACUCCACUCCCCAUGCCUAGGGAUCUCCCGACUGGGGUACAAUGUUUCUCCCUGUGAUUAUAUGUCAAUAGCCUUCCCCACCCCCUCCCCGCACCGUUUUCCAUUCCAAAAGUCUCCCUGCACUUGCCCUCCAUGUGGGUUAUAUACUGACAACUGGAAGGAACAGUGGAAGGAACAGCAGGAGAAUGUAUAUGCUCUUCAUAGUCUUCAAGCUGCACAGAGACGAGGUAUCCUUUUUUUUCGGUGAGUGGGGAUGGGUUUUAGCCCGGCCUGUCACACAGAGAAAUCAACACACAGUUUAACCAAUUUCCAUGUUUUCCUACUGGUAUGUACAUACUUACGAAAUAGCCUUUUGUAAGAUUUAAGAGGCUUCUAUUUGUUUAAUUACUUCUGCCAUCAUCAUCUCUUUUUAUGCGUAUGAUUCUGGUCCAAAGGUCUCAAUUUUUUUUGGCUGUAUAAAAAGUUCCCAGCUGU